AUGAUUGUCAGUACUAUCAUUCAAGCUGCUAAAACGGAACCUAAACAAUCAAAAUUAAAAGAGCUUGCUCGAAAAUAUGGUAUGGCAGGUAUUGUUGUAUAUCUUGCAGUGGGUUGUGUAGACCUGGGUAUUACAUUUGGCGUUAUUCAAUUAGCUGGAUUAGAUAAAGUGAGAGCAAUUGAAAAAAGUGUUAUUAAUACUUUCUAUAAUGUGGGUGAAAGAAUUGGUUUUGAAAAGAAAGUUGAUGAGCGACCAGUGGUAGUAGUAACAGAUGGGGAAAAUAAUACACUUUUGACAGCAGCAGUAGCAAAUGAAGAAAUUGACUUAAUCAAAAAUAACAACAACGAUACCCCUUCUUUUGCUUCUGUCUUUAUAUUGGCGUAUGGUAUUCAUAAAACGUUGUUACUGCCUAUCAGACUGGGUAUCACAGCGGCUAUUACACCUGCUGUCGUACGUAAACUACAUCAAAUGGGUUGGGCUCGCUAUUUCCCUAAACUAUUAGGUGCUACCAAGCCGAAGAAUUUAUAA